AUGGCGUCCAAGCCUGCGACCACCCAGUGCGUGGGGCCCACGUACAAGACAGAGAAGCCGACCGCAACGGUCUCGACGCCCGUUGAAUUCGACAUGGUCACGGUGCUGCCACAGACACCUCAGUUGAUCGCCCUCUUGUCAAUUAUCCGUGACAAGAGCACCGAUCGCGGCGACUUCAUCUUCUACUCCAACCGCAUCAUCCGACUGCUCGUCGAGGAGGGGCUCAACCACCUGCCGACGGUCGAGCGGACGGUGACCACGCCGGUCGGACGGCCAUACGCCGGCCUCCAGUUCCAGGGCAAGAUCUGCGGCGUGUCCAUCAUGCGGGCAGGCGAGGCCAUGGAGCAGGGCCUGCGCGACUGCUGCCGGUCGGUACGCAUCGGCAAGAUCCUGAUCCAGCGCGACGAGGAGACGUCCCAGCCGAAGCUGUUCUACGACAAGUUGCCCGAGGACAUUGCCGACCGUUGGGUGCUGCUGCUGGACCCCAUGUUUGCCACCGGCGGUUCGGCCAUCAUGGCUGUGGAGGUGCUUAUGUCGCGCGGCGUGCCCGAAGAUCGCAUCCUAUUCCUCAACCUGAUUGCGAGCCCCGAGGGCAUCGCCAAGUUUGCACUCCGGUUCCCGCGUGUGCGCGUGGUGACUGCCUUUGUCGACGAGGGCCUCGACGGGAAAAACUACAUCGUCCCGGGUCUGGGUGACUUUGGCGAUCGAUACUACACGGUCUAA